GAGAGAGAGAGAGAGAGAGAGAGAAUAUGAGGACAGUACUCAGGAUGAGCCUACGCUUUGAGGCUGUAAAACACUAGACCCUGAGGGCAUUCUCUGUGGCUGACUUCUAUUGCAGGUCUCAGGGAAACUGCUUUUGGGUCUCCGCACAAGAGAAAGGAAAAGUUAAUUGUUAUCAGCUGUAGUUGUAGAGGUUCAUAUCAAUGCAUCUCGGUGUCCAGCUAAGAUGCCGCGACAGUGACGGUCCUGCCCCGUCUGUCGAACCGGAACAAUGAUGAUCAUAGUGAAGACGAUGAUUUCCACAUGGCGCGUGUAGCGCUAAAUUCACCUCUACGAGACACUCCUGUCUGAUCGGUGCUCAUUCAAACUCCAGAUGGACUACCUUCACUCUGCACUGACCAGUAAAAUGAAUUGGAUCACACUCCUGCUGGCCGGAUUGACUUUUUGGGGCAAAGUGUCCGUGCACAGUUGCUUAGAUUAUGAUGACAGUUAUGAUUAUUAUGAAGAGGAGAAAACAGAGACGAUAGAUUACAAGGAUCCGUGCAAAGCUGCUGCAUUUUGGGGAGAUAUUGCCUUGGACGAGGAAGACUUGAAAAUGUUUCAGAUCGAUGGAACGAUAGAGCUCUCACAGCAGUCACAUGAGAGACAGGAACACAUGUCUGGUGGUCUAGGAGAGCAUAAUCCCAGUAAGAAGAGAGGCUCGUUAUAUCUGUUGCUUGACAGAAUACGACGGAUAGGCUUUGAGUCAUGGCCAGUGAACAUCAGUAAAGAUGUGCCAAGCUCUAAGGCUGGAGGUAGAAGUGAAAAUAGCGGCAGAGGUGUGAAGUCUCGAGUGCCACGCGCUGCCACCUCCCGAGCAGAGAAGAUCUGGCCCGGAGGAGUCAUCCCUUACAUCAUAGGAGGCAACUUCACUGGAAGCCAGAGGGCCAUGUUAAAACAGGCAAUGAGACACUGGGAGAAACAAACGUGUGUGACUUUCAUCGAGAAAACCGAUGAGGAGAGCUACAUUGUCUUCACCCACAGACCCUGCGGGUGUUGCUCCUAUGUUGGGCGCCGUGGCAAUGGUCCCCAGGCGAUAUCCAUUGGGAAGAACUGCGACAAGUUUGGCAUUGUUGUUCAUGAACUUGGACAUGUAAUUGGCUUUUGGCAUGAGCACACACGGCCUGACCGGGAUGAUCACGUGACCAUCAUCAGAGACAACAUCCAACCAGGUCAGGAGUAUAACUUUAUCAAGAUGGAACCAGGGGAUGUCAACUCUCUUGGUGAGCCAUAUGAUUUUGACAGCAUAAUGCAUUAUGCCAGAAACACUUUCUCCAGAGGGAUGUUUUUGGACACGAUUCUUCCCUCUAGAGAUGAUAACGGCGUCAGGCCUGCUAUUGGUCAGAGAACGAGACUCAGCAAAGGAGACAUAUCACAGGCCAAGAAGCUUUACAGAUGCCCAGCAUGUGGCGAAACACUGCAGGACUCAGUGGGUAAUUUCUCAUCUCCUGGAUACCCAAAUGGAUACCCGUCAUAUACACACUGUGUAUGGAGAAUCUCUGUCACACCUGGGGAGAAGAUAGUGUUAAACUUCACCACUAUGGACCUAUACAAAAGCAGCCUGUGCUGGUAUGAUUACAUCGAGGUUCGUGAUGGAUACUGGAGGAAAGCGCCACUGCUGGGUCAUUUCUGUGGUGACAAAAUUCCAGAAGUUUUGGUGUCUACAGACAGUCGGAUGUGGAUUGAGUUCCGCAGUAGCAGCAACUGGGUUGGAAAGGGAUUCGCGGCAGUCUAUGAAGCGAUAUGUGGAGGGGAGAUCAAUAAAGACUCUGGACAGAUUCAAUCUCCAAACUAUCCAGACGACUACCGUCCAUCUAAAGAAUGUGUGUGGAGGAUCACGGUGUCUGAGGGCUACAGCGUGGGCUUGAGCUUUCAGGUCUUUGAGAUCGAGAGGCAUGACAGCUGUGCAUAUGACUACCUAGAAGUUAGAGAUGGUUUGACUGAGACCAGCCCUCUGAUUGGUCGAUUCUGUGGCUAUGAUAAACCUGAAGAUAUUCAAUCCACAUCCAACACCCUCUGGAUGAAAUUCGUCUCUGAUGGGACUGUUAAUAAAGCAGGCUUUGCUGCAAACUUCUUCAAAGAGGAGGACGAGUGUCUGAAACCAGAUAACGGGGGCUGUGAGCAGAGAUGUGUGAACACAUUAGGAAGCUUCAAGUGUGCCUGUGAUCCAGGAUAUGAACUGGCCCCUGACAAGAAGAGCUGUGAAGCUGCAUGUGGAGGUUUGUUGACUAAGUUGAAUGGCACAAUAACCACCCCCGGCUGGCCCAAGGAAUACCCCCCCAAUAAGAACUGUGUGUGGCAAGUGGUGGCCCCAUCUCAAUACCGCAUAUCCAUGCAAUUUGAAGCCUUUGAACUAGAGGGAAAUGAGGUGUGCAAGUAUGAUUUUGUUGAAGUGCGGAGCGGCUUGUCAUCUGACUCAAAGCUUCAUGGGAAAUACUGCGGUACGGAGGUUCCUGAGGUCAUUACCUCCCAGUACAACAACAUGCGAAUCGAGUUCAAGUCAGACAACACUGUCUCCAAGAAAGGCUUCAAAGCUCAUUUCUUCUCCGAUAAAGAUGAAUGUUCAAAGGAUAAUGGUGGAUGCCAGCAUGAGUGUAUCAACACUAUUGGUAGCUAUGUGUGCCAGUGCCGCAACGGGUUUAUACUGCACGAGAACAAACACGACUGCAAGGAAGCUGAGUGUGAGCACAAGAUCCACAGCACGAGUGGAACCAUCAGCAGUCCGAAUUGGCCCGACAAGUACCCCAGUAGGAAAGAGUGCACCUGGGACAUCACUGCCACCCCUGGGCACCGUGUCAAAAUCACAUUUAAUGAGUUUGAGAUCGAGCAGCACCAAGAAUGUGCAUACGAUCACCUAGAGGCCUUUGAUGGUGAUUCGGACAAGGCGUCCAUCCUGAGCCGUCUGUGCGGCAGUAAGAUUCCAGAACCGCUUAUCUCCACGGGCAACAAGAUGUACCUGCGCUUCAUCUCUGAUGCCUCAGUGCAGCGGAGAGGCUUUCAGGCCACUCAUUCCACUGAAUGUGGCGGCAGGCUGAAAGCAGAAGUGCGGCAGAAGAACCUAUAUUCUCACGCUCAGUUUGGGGAUAACAACUAUCCUGGCCACACUGACUGUGAGUGGCUCAUAACAGCAGAGUCAGGUUAUGGCAUCGAGCUCACCUUCACUACCUUUGAGGUAGAGGAAGAAGCCGACUGUGGGUACGACUACAUCGAACUUUACGAUGGCUACGACACCACAGCGCACAAACUCGGACACUUUUGUGGAUCUGGGCCUCGUGAAGAGCUUUACUCUGCUGGCGAUGCUGUGUUGAUCCAUUUCCAUUCUGAUGACACAAUCAGUAAGAAAGGCUUCCACAUCCGCUACACUAGUACAAAGUUCCAGGAGGCAUUACAGACACACAAGUAACAUCUUCACCAGAGAUGCAAGAUACUCCAAAGAUACUAAUGUUCAGCUCUACGGAAGUGCUUUCAUUUUGACUCUAAACACCAAUCAGCUGCUCUUGUGCAUAGAGUAGAUCCACCAACUGAAGCACCAAGAUAUUCUACAUUGAACAGUGGUUACUGUGCUUUCUAACUGGACCAGUACAGUAAAUCCCUCCUAUGAUCUAUGAAACAUCCCACAGAAAUACACACACAAACACUCUGACACAAGAACUGUCCCUGUUCUUCAGAUAAAAAAACAAUGGAAAAUUAAGCUAUAGAACUAGAGUGUGUUUGCAUGUUAAAAUGUUCUGAAAAGCAUGGAUAGUCUGGCUGCUGAUGCUGCACCACACUAUACCUCAACUAAUGUGUAUGUGUGUGUGUGUGUGUGUGUGUGUGUGUGUGUGUCUGAGAGAGAGGCAGAGAAAGAUGACUGAGGCCUUUAAAAACCAGCGUGUUGAUCAGAACUCAUUCAAAUGUUUUAUUAUUAUUAUUAUCAUUUGGUUAUAAUUUUACAGUUGUUGUUCUAGCUUUUACGGCAAAUCCAAGAUUCUUUCAAUCAAAAGUGCAAAAGCUGAAGGAGAUCAAGAAUUAAAAUGGACACUCAUUAGUGACAAGUAGCCCUAUUUCACAAAUAAGCUUCCUUACAGAAGACACUUGCAAUUCAAUUUAAGUGGUAAUGAAUAUAUAACCACUUAAAUACUCUAUUAUGUGCUCUGCUCAUGUUGAGAAACCAUGUUAAGAAGGAUGGUUGUUUGAUUUUGAAUUGUUUGUUUUGUAUAUAGUAUGUGAAAGGUGUAUACUUUUUUUUGUCCAUUGGAGAAACCAGUGUUUUUUCCUCUUUGCAUUAACAGCUCCUGGAAAAAAAUUGUGAACUUAACAGAAAACAUCCUGUUAACAGGAAAUUAUGUCACAAUGCCUUGCAUAAUAUAUCUGUUACAGCUGUGACAACUGACUACAACCACCUUAACCCUGUGCAUUUUAAAUGCACUUAAUAGAUUAUGAAAAAGACUGUUUGGAACUGUGUGCUUUAAUUAUGCUCUCCAAUCAUGUAAAUUAACUUUACUUUAAAUGAACCCAUGAGCAUUACCAUUGGAGCAGCAUUUAAGUAAUAAGACUGAGCCAGAACAUUUCACUGCUUGGAAAACGACAGAGAUGGCAAAGAAAUUGCAGUUGAAGGGAAUUCCUAUGGUGCUAUUCAGUGUCUCAAAAAAAAAAUAAAAUAAAAAAAACAGGUCCCAUAAGACAAUGCUCCAAUCAUUCAGUGAAUGUGUUGGUGCAAUGGAGAAGCAAUGCUGAAAUAAUGUUGCUUAUCAACACAGAAAGAAUAUUUCAAACUUCUCACAACCUGGACAGCAGUGUUGUGGAGGAACAAUUAUUGCCUUAGAACCAAAAUGUAUAUUCUUGCACAUGAUGAUGUUUCCGUAGAUAAAUGUUGUUGUUGUUGUUGUUUUUUUGAAAUUAUUGUUAUAUUUUAUUUGAUAUUAAGUUUAAAGAACAUGAACCUUUAUUUAAAAAAUAGAGGCUUAAAUGGACUGAUCUGAAGCCGUCCCCUUCUUUCCAAGUUUAAUUCCCACAAACAUCCCUUCUCAAACACAUUUUAAGGCUUUAAAGUCUGCAGUAAGACUAGGUGAACUGUGAUGGUAUGUGUGCAUUUAUUCGUCUGAGGUUGAGUGUUAAACAGUCACAGCACAGGUCAUGUGACUCUGCUGUGCGUGUUUCUGUAUGUGCCAAGCUCCUGUUAAGUCUACUCUUGAUGAACUAUGUAUGACAUAUGACAAUGUGACACAUGAUUUUAUUUUCCUGUUUCAGUAUCAGUCUAGAGAUGAAAGAAGGACACUUCACUGUUAACAGUGAUUAAAUUCAUGUCAGGUCAACAAAAUGUAUGGUCUUAUUCUUACUGUCUCCCUCUCUUCCACUCUUCUUGUAUGUUAGACACAUUAGUAUAUUCGCUGCUCUCUACCUGUGGUU